AUGGACCUUCGGACGAGGGUCAAAGCUUAUCGCUUCGUUGCCUAUUCAGCUGUGGCAUUUUCUGUCGUCGCUGUACUCUCUGUAUGCAUCACUUUGCCAUUGGUCUACAGAUACGUGCACCAUGUGAAGAGGCACAUGCAAAAUGAAAUCGUCAACUGUAGGGGUUCCGCGAAGGAUAUUUGGUCCGAAGUGCGUAUCCUGAAGACCGCGCUUCUACCAGAAACUAACAGGACUGCUCGUCAGGCCGGCUACGGCGACGAAGGUGUUCAAAGUUCAAAAGGCUCAUCACGAGGUGGCUGCGAGUCUUGCUGCGUAAAAGGAGCGGCGGGUCCUGCAGGUGCUCCUGGAUCACCAGGAAAGCCAGGUAGGCCAGGAGCUCCAGGCUCCCCAGGCAAGCCAGGAAAACCUCCUGUUCAGCCGUGCGAGGCUAUUAGCCCACCACCUUGCAAACCUUGUCCUCAAGGACCACCUGGAGCAGCAGGCCCACCUGGGCCACCAGGAGACGCUGGUACCCCUGGCAAACCAGGAAAUGCAGGAAGUGAAGCUGCCGCUGGAGCACCUGGUCCGAAGGGACCACCAGGAUCACCUGGUGCAGAUGGUAAACCAGGAGCGAAUGGGGAGCCUGGAGCGCCAGCGCAAUCUGUUCCACUCGUCCCAGGAGAACCUGGACCUGCUGGGCCGCCAGGACCUGCUGAUGAAGCUGGAGCAGAUGGACAACCUGGAGGUGCUGGAACGCCUGGAGCUCCUGGUCCCAAAGGGCCUUCCGGAUCACCAGGUCAAGCUGGAGCUGACGGUAAUCCUGGAGCGCCUGGCCAGAGCAGCCGGGCAACAAGCAGGUUACCAUAG